UUGAUAAUAGCUGCCUCUAGGGGCAGGGCUUGGAGAGGAGGAAAUGGAAACAAAGUGCUGUACAAAAGGGGACCUAGUACUUGCUCCUGGUUUGUGGGAAGCAUUUCUUCCUAUUCAAAAGAAAGCAGUGCCAGGAAGGAAACAAGAAUCUUUUCUGAUCUCACACUUCCAAGAGGACUGAUUCCUGACAACCUGGUCCAGGGAAAGCAUUUUUUCCGAUGCAGGAUAAAGAGAAAAUGUUAGCAGCACAUUUUGACAGCCCAGGAGGCCCAGAGAAUCUCUAUGUUAAAGAGGUGAUGAAACCACAUCCCAGAGAAGGUGAAGUCCUCAUGAAGGUUUCUGCCAGCGCUCUAAACAGGGCUGAUUUACUGCAGAGGAGAGGGAAAUAUCCACCACCAAAAGGAGCAAGUGAUAUUUUAGGUCUAGAAGCAGCUGGGAUUGUUGCUGGGUUUGGACCUGGUUGCAAGAAGCAAUGGAAGAUUGGUGAUCCAGUAAUGGCUCUGUUAUCUGGAGGUGGCCAGGCAGAGUAUGUCACUGUGCCAGAAGGUCAUCUGAUUCCAGUCCCUAAUGAUAUGACUCUUGUUCAGGCUGCAGCCAUUCCUGAAGCCUGGCUAACAGCCUUUCAGUUGCUGCAUUUUGUAGGUAAAGUGCAGAGUGGAGAGACAGUGCUAAUCCAUGCAGGAGCCAGUGGAGUUGGCACAGCAGCCGUUCAGUUGGCAAGACUGGAAGGAGCCAUUCCCAUUGUGACUGCUGGGACACAAGAGAAACUCCAAAUGGCAGCAAAACUUGGAGCAGCUGCUGGAUUCAACUAUAAGGAGGAAGACUUUAGUGAAAAAGUCCUGGAAUUCACGCAUGGUUCUGGAGUAGGUGUUAUUUUGGACUGCAUUGGUGGCUCCUACUGGGAAAAGAACAUCAGUUGUCUGAGUACUGAUGGCCGGUGGGUUGUUUAUGGACUGCUGACUGGAGGUGAAAUUCAUGGAGAUCUGCUUACAAGGUUGCUUUUUAAAAGAGGGAGCCUGCUUACUACUCUGCUAAGAUCGCGAGAAAAGGAGUACAAAGAACAGCUUGUGAAAGCCUUUACAGAGAGAGUGCUGCCACAUUUCUCCAGGAAUACCUCUCCUUCUCUCCAGCCAGUUAUUGACAGCAUUUAUCCUCUGCAUGAGAUUGGAGAGGCACACAAGUUGAUGGAAGAGAACAAAAAUGUUGGCAAGGUCAUCAUUGAAAUGCCUUCUUCAUCCUGAAACAGGGACUUGUGCUGCAGGCAUUGUAGAGACUGAAUUACUAUUGACAUGUAUGGAAGUCCAGCAAAUGGAGUUAUUGCCAUUUCAGAUCCCAAGUUUAUAAUGACUAAAAGUGUGGAAUGAUUAUGGGAAGGGGAGUAACAUUGUCUUUGUAUUAAAAAAAAUCCCCUUGUAAGGACACAGUCUAAUAAAAAGAAAAAGACGGUAUAGUACUGACAUGAUGACCUUGUGAUGUA